GCGACUCCUAAGAUCCCAGUGCAGAAGCGGGCCGCGGACACGGCAGAAAUCCAUAUCUCCCCUCUGGGUCCCAUCUCUCACCAUGGCUGAGCGUAAGAACGAGCCGAACCCAAAUCGGAAUCUAAUUGGUCUUGGCAAAGUCAUCGCGGUCCUUACUAGCGGCGGCGAUGCCCAAGGAAUGAAUGCAGCUGUUCGAGCUGUGGUGCGGAUGGGAAUCUAUGUGGGAGCCAAAAUGUAUUUUGUGUAUGAGGGUUAUCAAGGUAUGGUAGAUGGAGGCAGUAACAUUACUCAAGUGUCCUGGGAAUGUGUUUCAAGCAUUCUCCAAAGGGGAGGAACAAUCAUUGGCAGUGCACGCUGUGCAUCAUUCCGUACCCGGGAAGGCCGAUUAAAAGCAGCUGCGAACUUGAUUGAGAAAGGAAUUACUAAUCUGUGUGUGAUUGGUGGGGAUGGAAGCUUAACUGGAGCUAACCUUUUUCGGGAAGAAUGGAGUGGACUAUUGGACGAAUUGGCUAAAAAUGGUAAAAUCAAUAAAGAUGACAUCAAGAAUUAUUCCCACCUCAACAUCGUGGGGUUGGUGGGUUCUAUAGACAAUGACUUCUGUGGGACAGAUAUGACAAUUGGCACUGACUCGGCUUUGCACAGAAUCAUUGAAGUUGUGGAUGCCAUCAUGACCACUGCCCUGAGUCACCAGAGGACCUUUGUUCUGGAGGUUAUGGGAAGACACUGUGGGUACCUGGCCCUCGCAAGUGCCUUAGCUUGUGGUGCAGAUUGGGUGUUUAUUCCUGAAAGCCCACCAGAAGAAGGCUGGGAAAAGCAUAUGGUAGAAAAGCUAUCAGAGAACCGUGCUCAUAAGAAGAGGCUGAACAUCAUAAUUGUGGCAGAAGGGGCAAUUGAUUCCCAAAAUCAACCUAUUACUUCAGAAAAGAUUAAGAAUCUUGUAGUUGAUGAGCUGGGAUUUGAUACUCGUGUGACUAUCCUUGGGCAUGUCCAAAGAGGAGGAACCCCUUCUGCUUUCGACAGGAUUUUGGCUAGUCGCACAGGUGUGGAAGCAGUAUUGGCCCUUCUUGACGCUAAACCAGAAACCCCAGCAUGUGUUGUGUCUUUGUCUGGAAACCACGUCGUGCGUCUGCCCCUGAUGGACUGUGUAAAAAUGACUCAGGCUGUUCAAAAGGCAAUGGAUAAAAAGGAUUUUAAGAGGGCAGCGAGACUGCGAGGAAGGAGCUUUGAAAACAGCUUAAGAACCUACAAACUGCUUUCUCAGAAAGAAACAACAGCAGAGACUCCAAAGAGCCAUUUUAACGUGGCUGUUAUGAAUGUGGGUGCUCCUGCCGCAGGGAUGAAUGCUGCCAUCCGUUCAGCAGUGAGAGUGGGCAUCACUGAGGGUCAUAAAAUGUUUGUUGUCAGUAAUGGCUUUGAAGGAUUGUCUAAAGGUGAGAUAAAAGAAUUCAAUUGGACAUGUGUUAGAGGCUGGACUGGCCAAGGAGGAUCCAUUCUUGGCACAAAACGUACUCUCCCUGGAAUGUUUUUGGAGCAGAUUGCUGAACAGAUACGUACUCAUAAAAUCAACGCUCUUUUGGUUGUCGGUGGAUUUGAGGCCUACCUGGGAUUGCUGGAACUGUCAGCUGCCCGUGAGAAAUAUAAGGAAUUCUGUAUUCCAAUGGUUAUGGUUCCUGCUACUGUAUCCAACAAUAUACCGGGUUCCGAUUUCAGCAUUGGUGCAGACACUGCUCUGAACACUAUCACCGACACCUGUGAUCGAAUCAAGCAGUCGGCGAGUGGGACCAAGAGGAGAGUCUUCAUCAUCGAGACGAUGGGCGGCUACUGCGGCUACCUGGCCAGCAUGGGGGGCCUCUCUGCGGGGGCUGAUGUUGCAUAUAUUUUUGAAGAAAAAUUUGACAUCCGAGAACUACAGGCUAACGUGAGGCAUUUGACAGGGAAAAUGAAGACCAGCGUACAGCGCGGCCUGGUGCUCAGAAAUGAGAACUGUAAUGAAAAUUAUACCACUGAUUUCAUUUACCAACUCUAUUCUGAGGAAGGAAAAGGUACAUUUGAUUGCAGAAAGAAUGUCUUGGGUCACAUGCAACAGGGUGGAACACCUUCUCCUUUUGACAGAAACUUUGCAACAAAAAUUUCUGCCAAAGCUGUGCAGUGGCUUACUAAGAAACUUACGGACAACUUUCAAAACGGAAAAGUAUUUGUCAAUGAUGAUGAUUCAGUCUGUCUGCUAGGAAUGCGCACCCGGACUCUUCUUUUCCAACCUGUGGUUGAACUAAAGAAGGAAACAGAUUUUGAGCACAGAAUUCCCAAAGAACAAUGGUGGUUGAAAUUACGACCUUUGAUGAAAAUUUUGGCCAAAUACAAAAUCAGCUAUCAAGUUUCCUCUUCAGCUGAGAUGGAAAAUAUAGAAUGCAGAUCGAGAGAAGAUAGUGAAUGCCAAUAAAGAUGACAUUAAGUCAUGACAGUAGAGUCACACUGUGUUUCUGUAAUGAUGUUUUAGAAUUUUUUGGUCACUGCUGUUUUUUGCAACACGUAAAUUAUUCUAUCAGCACUUUAACCAAAAUAAGGAUGAUGAUGCCAUUUUUUUCAGUAUUGUAUUAGCAUUAAAUACCCAAUCCCUAACAGCAAAGUAUGAAUUAUCUAUGUCACCCUUAUAUACUGAAUACCUAAAUGAUCCUUAAAAAUAAAUAACUCAAAUCCAAACCAA